UGCUCAGGGGGUCGAGAGAGCUCAGUGCCACCAUGGUCCCCUUCCCCGUGUCCCCUGGCUAUGGGUUGCUGGUGCUCCCUGGUCUGUCCUGGGCCCUCGUGCACGGAGCACCCGGGUGUCUGGGUGAUCCCGGGGCUGAUCCUGUCUUCCCUGGACCCGUUUUUCUCUCGGGAAUGGUGACCCUGCACUUUUUUCCCUUGUUUUUUUUCCAGUUGUACCACCAUGGGGUUGGUGGGACUGGAGUGUCUCCUGGGUGCCCGCCUGGGGUGGGGGGCCAGGGAGUUGUUCGAGAGCUCCAGUGCCACCAUGGUGCCUGUCCCCCGGGGUGUCCAUGUCCCAUCCCAGUCCCUUGUCCACGGGGCACCCGGGUGUCUGGGUGCUGUGGUGUUGGGGUGCCCACGUCCCUCCUGGGGCUUCCCAUGCUGGUGCUGAUCCCAACUCCCAUAGUCCCGAUUUUCCUUUGGGACCCUGCACGUUUGUCCCCUGGGUGGUCCUCCCCCGUGGGACUGGGCUCUGCCGGGGCUGGGGGAUGUUUUUGGGGAUGGGCUGUGGCCAGAGCUGACUCUCUGCCUUUUUUUCUCUUUCCUUUCCCUGCAGCCACUAAAUCCCCCCAAUGGAGAUGUCGCCGUCCCCUGCUCACGCUGCUUCUCCCCUCUGGCGGUGCCGGCUGUGCCCGAGGAGAGCCCUGGAUGUGGAGCGGCCUCAUCGGCUGUGGCUGCUGUGGUGGGCUUGUGUUUGCCCCCAACCUUCUCCUGUCAGCCCUGGGGUGUCUGCAUUGUCCUGUCCCGGAGCAUCAUCUGGUCCAGGAGCUUCGUCCCAUCCCUUUCCCAGCGUGGCCGGCCCUCGUCUGGAGGAGGCAGCUGGGAUGUGCUGGGGGACCCUCUCCUCGCCGUGCCAAGGGGAGCCGGUCCCGGCCCAAAUCGUUGCCUGGGGCAGGAGGGGGUGUGGGACGGGCUGGAGACAGCGGAGCCCCACUCGGACCCUGCAAGGCGCAGCGGGGGCCCAGAGGAGCCAGGGCCAGGCCGGUGCGCAAGGUCUGCGACAGGCAGCUGGCCACCGGCGGCAGGAGCCAGCACUCGUCAGUAAUUUUAUUGUUUUUUUUUUUUUUAACUACACUUUUUACCCUUUAAAAAAGUUUUACUGUUGUAAUACACUUAAAAGUG